ACAAGAAUCGAAAUACAAGAGAUUAGAGAGACAAAUCAAUAGGAAGGAGAAAGAGCAUGUAUGGUAUAUGACGACGCCGUAUACCGGGAUGAGCGCAGUGAACGGAGUGGGAGGAGGGAGGUCUCGGACCGUUCUGAUUACAGGGGUUAGCAAAGGGCUUGGGAAAGCCCUUGCCCUAGAGCUCGUCCAGAGGGGUCACACCGUCAUUGGCUGCUCCCGCGCCCACGACAACAUCAACCCUCUACAAUCCGACCUCUCAUCACCCGAAAAACACUUGUUCCUCAACACUGACGUGAGAUCUAAUAGCAGCGUUGAAGAGCUGGCGCGUGUUGUGAUGGAGAAAAAGGGGGUUCCCGACAUCAUAGUAAACAAUGCAGGUACUAUCAAUAGAAACAACAAGAUCUGGGAGGUUCCUGAAGAAGAGUUUGAUACUGUUAUUGAUACAAAUGUAAAAGGAACGGCAAAUAUGUUGCGUCACUUCAUCCCUCUCAUGAUUACAAGGAAGCAGGGAAUUAUUGUCAAUAUGUCUUCAGGGUGGGGAAGAUCUGGUGCUGCCCUGGUUGCACCUUAUUGUGCGUCAAAAUGGGCAGUUGAGGGUUUGACUAGAUCGGUGGCAAAAGAGUUGCCUGAUGGAAUGGCUAUUGUUGCACUUAAUCCAGGUGUGAUCAACACUGAUAUGCUUGCCUCAUGCUUUGGCAAUUCAGCUGCCUUGUACCAGGCACCUGAAGCAUGGGCUUUGAAGGCAGCUACAAUGAUACUCAAUCUUACAGCAGCAGACAACGGUGCAUCUCUCACUGUUUGAUAUAAGUAUCUACUCAACAUACUAGCAUUGAUUUUUGCAGAUACCGUGAUCAGAAGCUUGGGACAACUCAAGCCAGAUCUUUUUUUCUUUUUCUUUUUUCCUUUCCUUGUCGAGUUUGAAUUUCUUGUUUAAGAAACUCUUUCUCAGCUUAUAGAUUGCUCUUGAUAGGUCAAUCACAAUCUUGUUUGCACUUAAUAUUUGCAAUUUGUAGGGAACUGUUUUCCCCUUUCAUGUGGGACUGGGGAAUUCUUUCAUAGUUAGAGAUAAUGACAAACUGUGGUUCAUGUA